UGCCCACCCCGACCCGCCCUUGGCCCGUCCUCCAGCUCGCUUCGACGUGAUCGGGCCCAUGGAGCCCGUGCUGGUCGCGGUGGGGAAGGAUGCGGAGCUGCCCUGUCGUCUGUCGCCCAACGUGAGCGCCGAGCACAUGGAGCUGCGCUGGUUCCGAGAGGCGCCCUCGCCGGCCGUGCUACUGCAUCGGGACCCGCAGGGGCGCGCGAGCGAGCCGGCGCCCGAGUUCCGCGGGCGCGUAACGCUGGUGGCCGACGGCAUGGCCCAGGGGCGCGCUGCCGCGCGGAUCCACGCAGUCCGGGCUGCCGACGACGGCGACUACGGGUGUCUCUUCCGGGAUGGCGCGAGCUCCGGGGAGGCCGCCGUGCACCUCCGAGUGGCCGCUCCCAUCGUCCCAAGGCUGACCCCCUGGCAGGUGGCUGUGGCUGUGAUCCUAAUCGUCUUAGGACUUCUCACCAUUGGGUCCAUAGUCUUCAUUUGGAGACUAUACAAGGACAGAUUCAGAGAGAAGAAGAGUGAAUUCAGCUCCAAAGAGAAACUCCUGGAAGAACUCAAAUCAAAAAAAGCUUCUUUGCAUGCAGUGAAUGUGACUCUGGAUCCAGACACUGCCCACCCCCACCUCUUUCUGUAUGAGGAUUCAAAAUCUGUUCGCCUGGAAGACUCACGUCAGAAACUACCUGAAAAAGCGGAGAGAUUUGACUCUUGGCCUUGUGUGUUAGGCCGGGAGGCCUUCACCUCUGGAAAACACUACUGGGAGGUAGAGGUGGGAGACAGGACUGACUGGGCAGUUGGGGUGUGCAGGGAGAAUGUGAUAAAGAAAGGGUUUGACCCCCUGACUCCUGAGAAUGGGUUCUGGGCUGUAGAGUUGUAUGGAAAUGGGUACUGGGCUCUCACCCCACUGCGGACCCCUCUCCCGUUAGCGGGAUCUCCUCGUCGUGUUGGUAUUUUCCUGGACUAUGACUCAGGAGACAUCUCCUUCUACAACAUGACUAAUGGCUCCCAUAUCUAUACUUUCCCCAGUGUCUCUUUCUCUGGCCCCCUCAGGCCCUUCUUUUGCCUCUGGUCCUGUGGUAAAAAGCCCUUGACCAUCUGCUCAGUUGCUGAUGGGCCUGAGGAGAUCACAGUCACUGCUGGUGCUCAGGCCCUCUCUAAGGACAUCCCAUUGUCCCCCAUGGGGGAGGAGCCUGCCUCUGGGGAUGCAGACACUCUCCAUUCUAAACUCAUCCAAAGGGUUCCUUAAGGAACAUCCCACCUGUCUUCUUCAUCUUCUCCUCCAUUAUCUCUUAAGGCUUCAGCUGCCAGCUUCCCUCACCCCUGUUUCUCCUGGUGGGUCUUGCUUAACUCUCUCGGGAAGGUGGUGCCACCAUUGCUAGAGAGCAGGGAGUAGGACCUUCCUAAUCUGCUUCUGAACCAAUAUUUGGGGGAUGGAGAGAUGACUCCUAAGCUGCUUCCAGCACUCUCUUAUCCCUUAAGACCAGAACCUACAGGGAAGAACCUGGAAUAAGCUCAAGGGGCAGCUGAGGGAUAGAGAUGGGCUCAGGUUGGCAGGGGCUGUGGCAGAAAAGGCUUGGUAUAUAGAAUAGGGGUAGUGGAACAAUAGUUUUAAACAUGCAGGAAGCCCAAAAGGUGCCAGGAGAGGAAGAUCUUAUGUUAAGAUCCCAUAAAGGAACCUAGAGGAGACAUCAUGAUGGAGGUGAAUGAGGUGAGCACAGAUCGAGUUUGUGCACCUAGCCUGACUGUAGAGCUUUGAGGGCCUGUGUCUCGGGUUUUCUAAGCCAAGUCCUGUAGGACAGAGAUUGGCCAGACUGCUGCAGAGCUGAAGGAGUGAAUAGAAAGCUGAGAUGAGCAGGGCUGGAGACUGAGUGACGGAGGAGAGAAUCGUGGCUGAAACUAGCAGGUUGUGUGCACACCCAGGCCCCAGGCCUGCUCUCUGGCUAGAACUUCCUGUCUCUUCUUCGCCUGGAGCUCAAUCCAACACACACUGUGGGAUUUUUCUGAUCUAGCUUCCUGCCAUGAUAUCACCUCAUCAUCUGUCUUUGUCUCAAACUCAUGCCCCCUCUACCCUGGACCCAACAUCCAAACCUCUCAUGCACCCCUUCCAUUAGCUUCACCUGCCUCACCCUCAUUUCCACACAGUGCCCCCAUUCACUGGCUUCCCACCUCACUUUUCUGUGCCGCUCCUUGGGGGUCCCCCAGUGCAGCCCCCUUGUGCUCAGCACAACUGGAUCGUUUUUGCCGCUUUGCAUUUGUCCCGAAGCACUUUCCUGUGAACACCCAGACUGUUCUGCCAAGGAAUUGCACAUGUGCCCAGGCUCAUGCCUUCCAGCUCCACUGCAUUUUUCCAGCUCCCAGAAUGGAUGUUCUCCAUGGUCUUCUUCUAAUAAACAAAA